AUGCUGGGCUGGAUGUUGAACCGCGGCGACAACGCGCCUGACGUCGCCGAUGCUGGUGGUGCGCAUAUCCCCAAGCUAUCACGCUUAGAGAAUCACGUACUGACAUAUUUCAAACCAUUAGAUACUACACAAGUCGAUAUGCCCGAUACGCCUGCACCCGUCUUCGCCGCGCGCGCCUUCAAGAGCGUCUUGUUCGGAACACCCCGCAAUUCACGAGUCUCUAAGACAACAGCAGCCUCUUCGAAUAACUCGUCAUCACAAACACCGGAACCAAAACCUCAGGGCAUUCUCCUAACUCCCGGUACUGGUGCCGCGAAACAGAAGCGCGUCUCAUUUGGUCGCGAUGUCGGGCGCAAUGCGAACAGCUCAAAAGAGUCGAUGAGCAGCAAGGACGACGAGCCUCACAAACGAACGCGCCUGAACCGAGCCCUCGAGAAGGCGCAGCAGAACAAGACGGCGGCUAGCAGGAUGACCGCCAGGUCUAAACGCGAUGCGUCCGAUGACGAGUGGGAAGAGGAUGACGACGACCAAGACAAUGACAGCGGUAGUCACGAUAUGACUCUCGACCUCAACGAGCCGCACUCGGAGUCUGGGCGGUACUGGAAGCAGGAAUACGAAAAGUACCACAAUGACGCCAAGUCUGAGCUUGAGAAACUGCUCAAGUAUAAGCAGCUGGCAAAAUCCUACGCUCAGCAAAAGGACUUUGAGGCCAUCGAGCUGGCCGAGAAGCUUAAGGAGGAGCAGCAAAAGGUUAUCAAGAUGGAGAAGAAAAUCGCCGAGAACGCCUCCGACAUUUUGGCACGACAUGGCAGCACUUCGUCUGAGGGGGCGGCUGAGUCUGAAAUAAUGACCAAACUCACCAAGCAGACGGCCCUGGCUGUGCAGUACCGCCAACGUGUCGAGGACCUGGAGGACCAGCUCGAGGCUUUCCUCGAGGACAGACAUAGCACAGCGUCAGACAACAGAGGCAGCGGCGGGCGACGCCAGGUCCUGUCGGCGGCCUCGCCGCGCACGCAAAAGACGCUGCAGGACGUCCAGCGCGAGCUGCGCAAGGCUAGGUCACAGGUGAAAGAGGUCAACAGCCUACGCGACCAAGUGGCCAACCUAAAGCAACAACUCCGAGCUGCCGAGAAGCGCGCCGCCAAGGCAGAGGUCGGUGCAAAAUCCGAGGUAAUCGAGACGGAUAGAUCCAGGGACCUGAGGGCCCAGCUACGCGAGGCCAGGGAGCAGUCGAGGAAGAAGGACGAGGAAAUGCAGGCCUUGCAGAGGGAAUUCGAGAUCUUCCGCAAGGAAAGCCAGGCCCGCAGUGAGGAGGCAAACCAGGUCCUCGCGAGGGCGCACGCCAAGAUUGCCGAUCUCAGGAAGGAGGUUAGGACGCUCAAGACGACUUUUGGAUUCGACAGGCACCAUCAACGGGACAGGGAACAAGACAACAAUGCCGAACCGCAGCCCCUCCACGAAGAUGCGGCACCACUCCCCAGGCCGUCGAGCACGCGUCUUCACGGUAGCAAGGGUAGAUCGACGAGUCUCCGCGACAAGUUCCACGACGACGCGACCAACACAUCUGCCGUUCCCGAACCCGGAGACACAAAUGUCAUGUCUGGCGCCCUUGGCGGCGAUCGGCCACGUUUCAGCAGGCCUGCCCUGUCUUCUACCCCGCGAUCCCCUGUCGUGCGAGCAUACGACUCUCCCUCAAGGGCAGCAGCGCCGAUACCCAAAGAUGUAGGCGACCUCUCUGUCCUCGCCGAGUCGCUCUCCCGCAACAAGGUCACCGAUCAUGACAUUCAGUUGGAGGCCAGGAGCCCGCAACGACACCAGUCCCCGAUCCGCGGGGCCCACCUGCGUCAAACUGAGGCGGCUGCCGCUGCUCCUCUAGCCGCUUCUCUUGACAAUGCUCCUACCGCCUCAGCCUCUGCAAAGAGCAGACUCCCCCCUGAGAGACGCGCAGCAGCUAUGGCUAGACUAGCACAGAAGAGGCAUGAGAAGAAGCUGGAGAGGUCGCGAGGUGUGCUGGACAAGGAGAAUGUCCAGCCCUGA